AUGGCAGAAGGGCCCAAAUUCACAGUCCGCCCCGUGGCACGCCAGCCAAGGAACGACUCCAAGGAUGCAUUCCGGAUUUUUAUGUCCCCAGCGUCCCUUCUCCAGGUCCACUGCAUAGUAGGGGAACCAUGUCAACUGCGGCUCGAUGGAGGUCCUCCCAAGACCGCAAUUGCCUGGUCCGCCCCUGAAAGGAUACACGACAAUGUCGUCCAGACAUCAAAACUCCUGCAGACGCUAUACGGAUUCAAACUCGGUGAUAAGGUGACCGUCACCAGAGCCGAGGACUCGUUGAGGGACAUAGGCGUCGUUCGUCUGGAAGAGUGCAGUGAUCCGGCGGUGACUUCGACAUGUGUAAAGCUGGACGAAAAAGAUCAGCCGUACUGGGAAUGGGCCCUGGAGCACCCCCUUUCCAAGUGUGAGAUCCUGGCCGUAGAUAUGGUUUUUGAAUGCGAGCUUAAGAAGUGCCGGAGGACCUUCAAAGUCGUGGAGAUUGAUCCUGGAAGGGAGCGGAGUGCAAACACCAUUGCCCGUUUCACUUCAGAAUCGAAAGUGAAGAUUGGAUCCGUGAAAUUUGUAUCUACGCCGAAGUCUGGACUUGAGGUCGAUUCGUCUGGUUUGGGCGGCCUCGGUCCACAGAUCAAACAGAUCAACGAGAGACUGAGAGAUUUUACGGCGGAGGCACAAAAGAUUGAUAUGCCACCUUUUUUUAAAAAUAGCGGUGGGAUCCUCAUUUACGGUUCGAAGGGAACCGGGAAGACUUCGCUGUUAGCUAAAAUUGAAGCCGCCGGAUGGAGAAACGUCUUUACCGUGAAAAGCUCCAUAAUCGGCCGAUCAACGGUGGACGGGGAAGCUAAACUUCGGAAAAUAUUCGCUGAGGCACUCAAAUCUCAGCCCAGCCUCAUUGCUAUAGACCAGCUGGACUUCCUUGCGCCAAGACGUGGUUCGAACGAUGCUAUGUCCAUGGCAUCCGUGCUGUGCGAAAACCUGGAUUCACUUCAGAAUAAUCAUGUCCUUGUGGUUGCAUGCACCAGACAUCCGAAUGACGUGGAUGACACCUUAAGAACUCCACAUCGUUUAGGAAUUGAAAUUGAAUUACCAGUACCAACCGGAAAUGAUCGAGCCGAGAUCCUUAGGGCGCUGCGAGGAUCGGCUGAUCAGCCUUGUGAUGAUCUCCUGGCAAAAAUAGCCGCUCAGACACAUGGCUACGUUGGUGCGGAUCUGUUUUCAUUGCUGCAGCUUUCGUGUAGGAAAGCCCAGACGCGUCAGCUUUCCCAAUCCGUCAAGGAAGAGGCAGGGCUAGAUCAAAAUCAGGCUCCGGCUGAGAAUCCGGAGCUGGAGGAACCAUCGAGGAUUCCACUUGAGAUACGGGAGGAAGAUGUAGCGUUGGCAUUACAAGAAACUCGGCCAACGGCCAUGAGGGAGGUAUUCUUGGAGACGCCUGCAGUAAGGUGGAAGGACAUUGGCGGGCAGCGAGAUAUCAAGAGAUAUCUCCAGAAGGCUGUAGAACGGCCUCUGAGGCAUCCCGAGCGAAUGAAGCGUUUCAAUGUCAGCGGCAAGAAGGGUGUGCUACUAUACGGGCCGCCAGGCUGCUCCAAGACACUAACUGUGAAGGCUCUCGCGACCGAGGCCGGAUUGAACUUCUUGGCCGUCAAGGGUGCGGAAAUCUUGAGUAUGUACGUUGGUGAAUCCGAGAGGGCACUGAGAGAAAUAUUCCGAAAGGCUCGAGCCGCCCGACCCAGCAUUAUCUUUUUCGACGAGAUCGACGCCAUCGCCGGGCGGCGAGGACCAGGCUCUCAGAGUGGCAUUAAUGUGCUCACAACUCUACUCAACGAAAUGGAUGGCAUCGAGGAGUUGAAGAACGUCCUCGUUGUGGCAGCGACUAAUAAGCCGGAGACUCUAGAUCCAGCAUUAAUGCGACCGGGGAGAUUAGAUAACAUUCUCUAUGUUGGCCUGCCUGACAUGGAGGCUCGCAAGGAGAUACUCGACAUCUGGUUCAGUAAAUCCGAGGUUCACGACGAGGUUGACCCCAUUGCACUGGCAUCGCGGACCGAAGGAUACUCGGGAGCAGAAUUGGUGAAUGUUUGUGAGACGGCGGCAGAUGCUGCGCUAGAUGAAGAAGAGGAGCUUGGUGAAGAGGGCAAGAUAAAAUGGGAGCAUUUUGAGAAAGCGCUUGGACAGGUUCCAAAACAGAUAUCCCCGGCGGUAAUCAGGGAGUACGAUAGAUGGAGCAAGGAAUUUGGGAAUAGAUAGGCCCCCGUGUGCUCCAUAUCAUGCGGACCGGAACCUCCAUGGGGUCGGUGGCGCAAUGCUUUAGCUUCCAUGUUCUGUUGGAGACGAGCCUAAAUUUAUUUUUGAGUUGUUAGCUUGGGGUUAUGAAGGCCGCACUGCAACAACAGCGCAUAAUAUGUCAACUACUGAUGAGCUUAUGACAAUUUCAUGUGUAGGGUUAAGGUUUGCCUGGAGCCCAAGUAAA